AUGACAGCGGAGGCACGGACCGUCGGACCGUCGGACCGGCGGACCGUCCACGAUCAGAAACAGUUUCGAGAACCCUUACUAACUAGCAGUAAAGGUAGACGGCAGGUGGCCUGUCCGCGUGGAGCUGACACCCCGGGCGAGGGCUACCACACACCACCACGACACGAAUAUAAAGACAUUACAGAAGAUACACUCACCACUACCCACCAUCACCUACACAACACAUAUUCAUCAAACGCAAAACAAGAACCAUUUCUGUCGGAGCACGUGGCUGGGUCAAAUGGGGUCAAGGGCGAACGAAUAAACGAACCCACACCGCACUACGACACACACACACACACACCGCCGCAGUCACUGCGUAUGAAAACCGUAGUGGCAGCAGCGCACGCGCACUCUCCGUGCCAAUUACAGCAGAGGCCAUCAGAUAUCGCUAACAAGACGAUGCGUAUCAGACGCCGCGCCCGCGCACCACCGCCACCACCGCGCUGCAUCGCUGCCAUCUGCACCACCGCAUCGGGCGGACGGAGCUCGCAUUCAAAUUCCGAUAACAAAUACUGUACACCCCCGCGACAUUAUCCCGUGGACGCUCGACCCAUUAGCGACCCUAAGCCCUAA